ACAAGUAGACGGAACUGUGGAGACACAGAGCGUGGACUGCGUGGAUGUCAGACCCCACAGUCGGAGGUCGGCGGGGUCAAGUCACCAAGACGACAGCGGACUCCCAGCGGAGAAAGACGGAAGUGCUACCGAACUGAGGUGCGCUGGGCUUUUCACGCCAGUGUGUUCGUGUUCCUCCACCAUGUUCGCGGCUACAGCGCCUGUGGCAGAUGUGCCCAGAGGAGACUUGAUCCGGAACAACAGCUGGGAGCGCAAUAAUGCGGGUCUCCCACAAAACCAGUGCUCCCCCAUUCCUCUCCCGGCCCUGGGCACUCAGCGGAUCAUCCAGGGCAACGGCACCAACGUGGGCACUGUCAUCUCCCUGCAGUGUCCGGCCAUGCACAAGCUGGUGGGGAGUGAGCUGAAGUGCGUCAUGACCAGCAACACCACUGCGUGGGUCGGAGCCCCUUUGUGUAAACCUAUGUUGAGCGACUUUGGGUUUCGUGUGGCCGUGUUCGCGUCAAUCGUGAGCUCAGGGAUCAUACUCUUCAUGUCCAUGGUGUUCAUCACCUGCUGCUGGCUGGACUGCCUCAAAGAGAGCGACAGGAAACAGAAGGAGAGGGAGCUGGAUCUGUGGCAGUGGGAGGAGUCCCCCCUCCACCAGGAGGACGCCAGGAGGCCUCGACAGGGACACAGAGGCAGAAACAACAACAACAACAGUCAGUUGUCGGUGUGGAACGCUCACGAUCCUGUCUUCUGUGACAGCGUGGCAAACUGCAGAUAUGAGCCCCCUCCUCUCCGUUCUCUCCCUGGUCUGGAACGUGGACAACCACUCAUACCACAAAACUCCACGUCCAACUUCAGACCUCCUCCGUCCUGCGACCAAACACCCGGAGGCGGCCAUGUGUCGGCAGGCCGUGGUGCCGAGUGGCAGUACGAGCAAGGCAGAGUCUCAGGAGCCGGCAGAGCCGGUGUGAGAAAUAAACAAUGUUCCAUUCGGAUUAUAUCAGUCUGAGGACCUGCUGGAACGCUUUACUCAAAGAAACUGGCCAGUAUGCGGUGCCUUUGUGUCAACAGUGGCUCCACACUGCCCUCUGCCGGAACACUGGAGAAGUGGCUCGUGUCACAGGGCUGGCCCGCUCAGACUGUUGGGGGGGAUUGCCCUGCCCUUCAUGGAGAUUCCCGCUGACAGAUUGGAUUAGAAGGAGACCGUUUACGGCUUACAGAAGGCAGCUGAUGAAAACAGAUUUUAAUCUUUUUGUUGUCUGUCAUUAAAUGUUAUUAUUGGCUUUCUACUGAACUGCACUGAAGGUCUGUGGUGGAAUGUUUGCCGUACUGGUGGUCAGGUUCUGAGCUGGUUGGCUUCAUCAUCAGGUCCAGAUCCAACACUGUAAGUGACAUGUAAAUGAAAGAAUAAAUGAUCAGAAACCA